GGAAGAGCAGAGCGGCAGUUAGCUUGCUGCUAGUAAGUGCAUUUCUGUCAUAGCAGCAGCUCUAAAGAGUGAGAGAACCUGAGGACGAGGAAGAUAAACUUUCUUAAAUUAAGCCAUUUCUGUCUGUCGGAGGAUAUAGAUUCAAUGUGAAGAUUUGGAAGAGGAUAUGGACUUGUUUACAUGAUGUCGUACAGGCUUGUUUCUAGGUAGGGAUCGAACUAACGACACCGAUAGCUAUUAUUUGGCUAGCUAGUUAGCUUUUAGCUACAUUAGCUAGCUAGCUAAAAGGGAGAGUGGUGAAGAACGGAGCCCGCCUCAGACUAAAGUGUCGGUAGCAGCUGGUGAGCGGUAACUGCAACAGGGAGCUGCUUGCAACUCCGGGGCCGGGACAAUAACGCACGCAGGAGGCCAGGUUCGGAAGAACCGGAGGAGAGGAGUCGGUGGGAUCGGGAGACUUGUCACACAGAGACUAGCUAACGUUACCCUGUCCGAUUUCGGACGAAGUGGGCUCGUUCGUUUUUACAGACACAAUCUGCAACAGGAGAAGGGAGCAAGGAAUAUGUCGCAUACUUGUUAUAAUCUGUGAAUUCUUUAGGUAGCUAGCUAAUAGCUAUAACUUAUUGAGCUCAGACGAAACACUUAUCUGGAAAUACAGUCACCUGAGUGACAAGCGUAGAUAUUCAACAUGUCAAAAAUGCCAGCAAAGAAGAAGAGUUGUUUUCAGAUCACGAGUGUGACACAGGCUCAGGUGGCGGCCAGUAGCAUCACUGAUGACACCGAGAGUCUGGACGACCCGGACGAAUCCAGGACCGAGGAUGUGUCAUCCGAAAUAUUCGACGUGUCCCGGGCCGAUCCGGGAGUAUGUGACAGAAGUUCAUCGGAGGAGACUUUAAACAAUGUAGGGGAAGCGGAGGCAGCUGUCAUGGUCUUACAUUUACUUCAAGAGGGGCAGCCAGUGGCUGCAACAGGUCCUUUUAAUGGGGGCCAUGUUUUUAGAAGUACAGGCGUGAGUCAUGUCAACCCACCCUUUUUAGGGGGGAGUGUUCCUGUACCAGCCGUGAGUCAGCCAUCCAUUCCAACCUCGGCCACCCAGCAGCCGACAACAGUCAACACUGGCCCUGCUGCAAGUGUUUCCCCAAGUGUGUCUCAGAUGCCCCCCGCGGCGGCACCUAGCUCUUCAACGACGACAAGCUGUAGUUCACGUUUCAGGGUCAUUAAACUUGACCACGGUACAGGAGAGCCCUUCAGACGGGGCAGAUGGACAUGUACAGAGUUCUAUGAGAGAGAUUCUGAGGGCUGUAGCAUGAGCAGGACUGUGGAUAGCAUAAAACAUGCUGUCACCACUGACCACAAUGCAGACAGUGGGCUAGGGGCCACAGGAGGCACUGUGGUCGCUCCUAGUACCCUCUCCACACAGGCUCAGGAGUCAGCGGGUGAUAGUGGCUACUACACUUUCCACCAUGGCCAUCCUCCGGAGCUUCAGCAGCAAGGCUAUGGCUUAGAGCCCCAGACAGGGAGCGGGGCGAGUGCCUUACAGCCCACAGGGUACUCAGCGACGGUAUCCCAGUCCCAGGUCAACGUGCAGCCCGCUGUCCCCCAAACACUUCACCCUACUGGCCUCAAUGGCGUGCCCCAAGAUGGCAUGCUGCAGAAAUCCCCCCUUAUGCCUCUUCCCACGCAGGCCCAGCAGUUUGCCUACUCCGCUCAUCCGUCUGGAAUGCUCCCCAGUCAGCUGGACUACCGACAGCAGCACUUACCCCCUCUACAGCCUCAGGGCUCCAGCCCUCAAACCCUCCCCGUGGCCUCCCUCUCUGUGGGGCAUCCUUCGAGCCAGGGCCCCUCGUCUGGCAAAACCCCUCAGGCCGGGGAGCUGGCUGGGUCUUUGCACGGCGGUCCUUUAGCCUUGGCCCAGGGGCUGUUGCUGCAGGUAGCCAGCGGGGCAGUUAUGGCUCCUCUCCUGCCCGGGGGUGCCCUACAGCAGCCGGUGAGUCAUCCUCAGCCGUCAGGAGGAGUGGGCAGCGCCUCCGUUGUACAGAAUGUGCCUGCCACAGUGCCCAGCGCCACCAACAACACCCCAGGCAUGCCAAGCCAGGCUCCUGACACAGGAGGACUCCCCCUGGCCCAGGUAGCUCACGGUGAGACCACAGCUGGAGCAGCCGGGCAGGGCCUUCCCACAGCCAGCCAGGGGGAUGACAGCCGCAGGAGGUCGGACACCCUACCUCAGCCCAAUGCCACCCCUGGAAAAGAUGUCAUGAGGCCUUUCAUCCCUGAGAGCUUGCAGCUGGCUACUCCCACCGUCAACAGCCUGUUCGGGAUAGCCAUUCCCAUGGAUGGAGAUGAGGAUGGGUAA